AAUGUAAUACUUCGACAAUUAUUUGCAAUCCAAAGGUGGAUAUGACUAUACAAAUGCCAAGAGGUACAGAAUUGAUUAAUUGAAAUCUAAGAAAUGAAUUGAUGAAAGCUUAAGGAUUUAAAGAAAUGCCAUUUACAAAAACAGGAACAACAAUAGUUGGUGUCUUAUUUGAUGGGGGAGUAGUGAUGGCUGCAGAUACAAGAGCAACAGCUGGAUCAAUAGUAGCAGAUAAAAAUUGUGAGAAAUUGCAUACCUUAGCUCCAAAUAUCUGGGCUGCAGGAGCAGGUACUGCUGCAGAUUUACAUCAUUAAUGUGCUCAUUUUAAUGCUAAACUUAAACUUUAGAGACUCAAUCUAAAUAGAUAAAGUAGAGUCAAUGAAGUGAUUACUAAAUUAACAUCGAAACUCUUUCCUUAUAGAGGUCAAAUAGGUGUUGCUCUUAUUAUUGGUGGAGUAGAUUGUAAUGGACCAUAAUUGGCUUCUGUUUCUCCUCAUGGAAAGUAAAUGAUUAUUAUUAAUUUAUUAGUUAUGUUUAUCAUCCAUUUUAAUCAAUGGGUAGUGGAUCUCUUGCAGCAUUAGGAAUUCUAGAAGCUAAAUUUUAAGAUGGUCUUACUAAAUAAUAAGCCAUUGAUCUUGCUAUCGAAGCAAUUGAGGCUGGUAUUUUCCAUGAUAUGGGGUAUUUUUAUGAUUAUAUUAUUUUAGAUCAGGCAGUAAUGUUGAUGUAGUUGCAAUUACAAAAGAAGGUGUUGAUUAUAGAAGAAAUAUCAGAUAAUAUAAUGCAAAAUCUCAUUAGAAAUAAAUACCAUAUCCAUUCCCAAUCAAUAAUACACGUAAAAUAGGUUAUUAGAUAUUUAGCUGCUUUAAGGAAAUAUGAAUUUAAUUUUGAGAAACAAGAACUUACAGAAGUUGGAUAAGAAAUGGAGAUAAUUGAGUGAA